GUUUGUUGAUAACCUGAGACAACGCUAGCCCGUCUUAAAGCUGUUGGAUAACUCAAGUUUUCUGCCUCGUCUCCUGAACCUGGAUUUUUCGAGUCACCAAUGGAUUUUUACCAAUAAGAUUUCAAACUCAGCAGUGUUUUAUUCACUGCAUGUUUCAGAAGAAUGUUUCUUCGCCAUGGGAUGACUGCUUAGUGAAACUGGGGCUGUGACUGUUAUGGGUGAAAUGUCCUGCAAGGAGGACAUAUCAUAAACAUCAACUAUCAGCAUCAACAGUUGCCACUUUUCUUGUUUCAGCAGUUGCACAGUCAUGGGCUUCUGCUCGCCUGUGUGCAAGAUUCUGCGGAGAGGAAAGUACUUUGUUCUGCUCUUUUUGUCACUCUCAGUGCUGGCAUGGAUUGCCAAUUUUACAGGGGAAACCUUAAAAUCUAGUCAGGUUCCCAUUGCCUCAAAACAACCUUUAGUCAGAGGAGACAGCCUGAAGGAUGAAAUUCACUCUUUGACAGCCACUCCUCAGAACUUAAAUACUCCUACACCCAAAGCCAUAUGCCCUGAGGAAUCACCGUUACUGCAGGGAGCUGUGAAGCUUUCCUUUGAGUCCUCUCUGAAACUGACCGAUGUGGAGAGUGAGAACAAAAGAGUCACUGAGGGCCAGUACGAGCCCGAAGACUGCACAGCGAGGCAGAGCGUAGCCAUUCUCAUCCCUCAUCGCAGCAGAGAAAAACACCUCCUCUACCUCCUGCAUCACCUGCACCCUUUUCUGCAGAGGCAGCAGCUGCACUACGCCAUCUAUGUCAUUCAGCAGGCUGGUGAUGUAACUUUUAACCGUGCCAAGUUACUGAAUGUCGGAUAUUUGGAGGCGCUGAAGGACUACAGCUGGGAGUGCUUCAUCUUCCAUGACGUGGACCUAGUUCCUGAAAAUGAUCACAAUUUAUAUGUCUGUGACAAGCAGCCCAAACACUUGGUGGUUGGUCGAAAUGCAACUGGAUACAAGCUGCGUUACAAAGGCUACUUUGGUGGAGUCACAGCGAUGACCAAAGACCAGUUUCAUCAAGUGAAUGGAUUCUCCAACACUUACUGGGGUUGGGGCGGAGAGGAUGAUGACCUGCGUAUCAGGGUUGAGCUACAGAAGAUGAAGAUUGUACGGCCACCUGCUGAUGUGGCUCGGUACACCAUGGUGUUUCACAAGAGGGACAGUGGCAAUCAAAUAAACAAAGACAGGAUGAGGCUGUUGGGACGAACCCCGCAGGUUUGGAGAAAGGAUGGACUGAACAGCUGCUCCUACAAGACUCUGUCUGUAGAGAGGCUGCCUCUUUAUGUGAAUGUAACUGUGGACAUCGGUAAGCCACAGAGUUGAAAUUUUAAACGGGAAAAUAAGCUGUGACCAAAAAUUAUUUUGCUAUAUUUUCUAUAGUAGGUUUGGGAACCAGAGUGAAAAAUAAUUACUACAUGUGUUUAAGACGCUGUUUUAAGCACACAGAAUGCACAUUAGCUUCAUUAGUUUGUUGCCACUUCAUCUUUGCACACUUUCUUUACAUAUCAUGUUGCCUUUGUUACUUUUUUUUGAUGUCAGCCUGCCUAAACUAAUCAUUUUUAUGUAGUGAAUGGCUGUAUCAAAUGAAGAAGUUGCCCUAUAAAUAUUUAUAUUAAGAUAUAUUUGAAAAAGAAAAGUGUCAGACAUCACUUAUUAAUGCACAUGCCUUAUUUCUGAUUUAUAUGACAGCUUACAACAUGCUGAUUCUUAUGGACAAUGUGUAUUUUGUGUGCUUCACUCUGUAGCCGAUGUAACUAAAGACAAAGGUGUCAUUUGUUUUGCCUGUUUAGACUUCAGGGUAUCCUAGGAGGUACAGACUGUGAUCAGAGGAUGAUCAACAGUUGACCUCACACUCCUGUAUUUGUUGCUUCUGCUGAAUCAGGACCGUUAAUCUUGUCAUCAUCACUAGAAAAGAGUUUACUGUCCACAAGAGACUCUAAUCUGAUAGAAAACAGACUUAAAUACAGAACCUUUAGUAUUAAGUUUAUGAUUCAAGGCAGGACUUACACAAACAGAAUGAUUGCUUGGUAUUUUAGUUGAUCUUUUUUUUUUUUUUAACUGAAACUGACAGUAAUAACCAAUAAUAAAUAUAUGCAUUAGAGAAGCAUUGAUAAGUUUACGACAGACAAAAAAAGAAACUUAAGACAAACAGAGCCUGGAUUAACCACAGUAUUAGCUUGUUGGUUUCUAGCAGUGUAAUGCCUUUAAAAGCAUAUUAACAAUACCUAUAAAUAAGCAAUCAUUACAUCCAUUACUUUACACAGGUCAACAGAAAAAAAAAUUCCACAAAAUGAACCAAAUAUUAACAUCUUUAUACAAUGUAUGUUGUUUUUCCUUAUCUAGUAAAACAACAAGAUAACUGCAGACAUUAAGCUGACAAUUUGAAGGACUGACAGGAAAUAUUCUCAUUAAUGUGAUACAUACAAGGCCUUCCCUCUGUGUGAUUUGCUGAUAAUUUUUCUGCUUGAUAUAAAGUUAGUGGAUCUAAAUCUACAGAGUAUAACAACUUUAGAAGCAAAGCAAAGGUAAAGUUUUACCCUAGUCCUACAGCAGAAUGGCUGAAAAGCAAUAAUAACUCAAAGGGCCAAAUCACACUGAGUGAUAUGAAUAUAUACUGUUUUAUUUUGAUAAAAGACCAAGAUUUUUGUGAUAUUGUUCAACUGAUGGCCCUUCUCACAGCAGACAUUGGUAGAAUAUCGAUCCUGUUUGCAUCUGGUAUUAAAAUAAGAGGACAGUUGUGACACAUUGCAAGUUAAACCCAUGACUAUCAUGCAGCUUAAUCUGAUUUAUUUGUUGCCUAGUCACUUCUGGUCAGGGUAUUUAUUAUUUAUUUAUUCUUUAACAUAGGCUAGUCCAGACAAAAGUUCUAGAACUGAUAUGGCCUUGUUCAACUGUUAAGAUUGAUAUCCCAUCUUAUUCAACAGUUUGCAUACUGAAAAUAACCUUUUUAUAAUUAUAGUAUUUUUCUGCAUGAUCAAUAUUAGAUGAUGUGCCAUCAUUGCACAACUCAUUGUGUAUACCAAGUGGCUGCUUCACUGCUCAAAGCUGGGAUGCAUAACACAGACCAGUCUGGCAAUGCCACUUUUUAACUGCUUUUCUCCCUCAUUAGGUCAUAAUCCUACAGAAAAUGGUAGUAAACUGUUAAAUAAACCUUGCAGGAUGCUAGUUUGAGAAAAAAAGACUUUUCAGUUAAAGACAGCAUGUGACCAGUGGUGAAGGACUGUACCAGUUCUAGGCUGUGAGUUUGUACUUUACAACUAUAGCUGUAGGCGUAGAGCUCAACUACCAGUAGCUAGCAGGAAUGCAGACUCCAUGAUGAAAAAUGAUGGUACCAAAAGAGCCAAACAGGUGAGAAAAAAACGGCAUGUUGUGAAUUUCACUGAAUCCAAACGAAACAGCUAUCAGGAAGACGGAGCAAAACUUUUCUUCCCUCUGGGAGACCCCCAAAUCCAGAUUUAGAUACAUGUGCGACCUGUAAACUUAAUUCUGCAGUUAUUAUCGGGGAUGCAUCUACAAACAUUCUUCCAACAGAGUCUCAGAAUGGCCUUUGCAUAUCGGGUUGACUAAUUUGAUGUUGUCGCAGUAGCCGUUUACUCUUGUAUUUAAUGCUGUCUACUUGUGACCUCAUCACAUAAACAUGUUUAAAAACCAAGUGUAAACAGGGUCAGUGUUUCAAAGAAACCUAAGACUGGACUGUUAAAAAACAUGAAAUGUUACCUUGUCAAUCUUUGGUGUUACACUUCUUGAUUCCUGUUAAAAUGUCUGCUGUGAGAAAAGUUCCUCAGAAUAUUCGGUUUGGAUGUUUUUUUUACUUUAGAUUUUGUCCGCACUUUAAUCCACUGGCUUCUCUGAGAAGAAAAGCUUGUGCUGCUUUGGGCCAAGUCUUUCUAAACCUUCAAUCAACUUUGGAUAAAUAAUGUAGGUAGUUUUGGGAGCCAUAAUGAUAAGAAGUGAUUCUAUUACUGCAUGUCUUCACGCCUUACAUGUUGAAUUUUUUUAAAGAAGGGAUACUUAUUUAUUUCUUUAAUGAUUUGUAAAAGGGUGUUUGUAGUCUUUGAGACCAAACAAGGUUACAUUCUCUUUCUAUUAUCUUACAUGUUUCUAUAUUAUGAGAAAUCCUUGCGUGACUGUGCUUUAAUCUUUGCAUGCUUCCCAGGAAUAAGCAUCUGCUUCAUUCAUAUCAAAGUUUUUUUGUAUUUAUUUAUAGUAUGGAGGUAGUGUAGCUGCUGGUAUGUUCCAAUUUUAACAUGUUGCCUUUUUUAACAUGCAAAUCCCACCACUUUGAAAAGGGGGCAAUGUUACUAACUGUAAUGACAAGCAUGGUUUGAUUUACUUGACACUAAGUAACACCUGUAAGAUCAUUCUAACAGUUUAGCCCAACUCUGGCACUGAAACUGAAAAUCUUAGGAAAUCUGCAGGUCCCCGUUACCAUUAUGAACAUGUUGAACAAGUUUUUUGUUGUUACGAAUACAUCUCAAAAAUGUUUUCAAGGCACUUGUGGCCUGAUUGUCCUUUUUUUCCAUUUCAUCUCGACUCCUGACGAAUGUUUUAGUGGGACUUUUUUCUACUGUGGGUUAAAAUUACGUGUUAAAUAUUACCAAUGUUGGAUAAAACAUCUUUAAUACAUUUUUAAAAUGAUCAUAGCUGAAAUAAAGUUGUAGCAUCAGACUUACAUUUUUUUAUUUGACUUUUUACCUCUGUGAAUCAUUGUAUGAAACUCAAAGUGAUGCCAUAUUAACCCUUUGAGAAUAUCAUUUGGAGAACUCUUAUUGAAUAUGUGUUGAUUUGGGGUUAUUUGUCAUAAUAUAUGUUGCUGAGAGAUUGCAAAUCAUGGCAAGGGGGUAUUCAUUUUACCUGAAAUGUUGAUUUUUCUCUUUAAAAACAUAAUAAAUAGUAUUUUUUCUUA